GAUUUUCUAACAUUUGGUAUCAGAGCCUAUUCCCAAAAAAAAAUUCCAUGGCUUCCGAAAAUUAUGUCCAACCCUCAAUCCCUCGUUUUGAUGUUCAUCACUACGACCAUUGGAGUAUGUUGAUGGAAAAUUUUCUCCGGUCCAAAGAGUAUUGGACUAUUGUUGAAGCUGGAGUUCCAGAACUAGCGGCAGGUGCAAAUGAUGCACAGAGAGCAGAAAUUGAGAAGGAAAAAUUGAAGUAUCUCAAGGCUAAGAACUAUUUGUUCCAAGCCAUAGAUCGGGCUAUCUUGGAAACAAUUCUUAACAAGUCUACUUCCAAGAAUAUUUGGGAUUCCAUGAAGAAGAAGACGAUGACUAUUGCAAAUAAGAUGCAGAUCCAUGGUGAAAAUCUGGAGGAUGUUGCUAUAGUUGAGAAAAUCCUUCGGUCUAUGACAACAAAAUUCAAUUAUGUUGUUUGUUCAAUUGAGGAGUCAAAUGAUAUUGAAACACUUUCUCUUGAUGAGUUGCAGAAUUCAUUGUUAAUUCAUGAGCGGAAGAUAAAUCGCCAAGACAAGCAAGAGCAAGCAGUGCAGAUUUCGCAGACACAAGCCUUGCAGACCACAAUUAAUUCAAGGGCUGUAGGUCGAGGAAAAGAAAACUGGAAAGGCAGACCAAGAUCUGGCAGACCGAGAUCUGACAGAUUGGAGGAAAGUUCAGCCACUGGAAUUCAUAAGAGAGGAGAAAGUUCUAAUUUUAUAGAACACAACGAGAAGAAUGAUGAUUCCUCUCUCUUCAUGGUCUGUCAUCCUAAAGAAGUCAGCAAGAAGAAUGUGUGGUAUCUGGAUACUGGUUGCAGCAAUCACAUGUGUAGAGACAAAUCUGCGUUUUCAGAUUUGGAUGAGUCUUGUCAAGACAAGGUGAAAUUUGGUGAUAAUUCCACUAUUGCAGUUAAGGGAAGGGGAAAGGUAACCAUUCGUGCCAAAGACAAUUCAAUUCAGACUAUUUCUAAUGUUCUAUAUGUACCAGAUUUGAAGUCGAAUAUGCUUAGUCUGGGACAGCUUCAGGACAAAAGAUAUGAAAUCCUUAUUAAAGAUGAAGUUUGCCAAAUUCGUGAUUCAAAACUUGGCCUGAUUGCAAAGGUCAAGAUGACGGGAAAUAGGUUGUUUCCAUUAUACUUGCAGACCACAAAUCUGUCAUGUUUAUCUGCCAGAUUAAAGGACACAGCUUGGUUAUGGCGUAGCCGAUUUGGACAUCUUUAUUUUGGUGGGUUGAAAGCUUUGCAGCAGAAGAAGAUGGUAAAUGGUCUUCCUCAUUUUGAUUCUCCUUCAGAAAUUUGUGAAAUCUGCGUGGUCAGUAAACAGUACUGUGACAGCUUUCCUAAAGAUAGAUCUUGGAGAGCAAAGCAGGUGCUAGAUCUGGUUCAUUCUGAUCUGUGUGGACCCAUAAAUCCAACAUCCAAUGGAGGUAAACAAUACUUUAUUACCUUUGUUGAUGAUUACAGUCGCAAAACAUGGGUGUAUUUUUUGCAAACCAAGUCAGAAGCCUUAGCAGCCUUUAAAAAUUUCAAAGUCUUGGCUGAGAAUGAGGUUGGCAGAUUUGUAAAGGUUCUACGUACAAAUCGUGGUGGUGAGUUUAAUUCAAAGGAAUUUGCAGAUUUUUGUGAGUCCAAUGGCAUUAAAAGGCAACUCACAGCAGCCUAUACACCUCAGCAGAAUGGUGUAUGUGAGAGAAGGAAUCGCACAAUCAUGAAUAUGGUGCGAAGUCUGAUGUCAAAGAGCGGCUUGCCUAAGGAGUUUUGGCCAGAAGCUGUUAAUUGGAGUGUUCAUAUCUUGAAUAGAAGUCCCACAUCUCCACUUCCAGAUUUGACCCCAGAAGAGGCUUGGAGUGGAUGUAGACCUGCUGUUGAUUACUUCAGAAUUUUUGGGUGCAUAGCAUAUGCCCAUGUGCUAGAUCAGAAAAGGAGUAAGCUUGAUGACAAAGGGGAAAAGUGUAUUUUCCUUGGUGUUAGUGAUCAGUCCAAAGCUUACAGAUUAUACAAUCCUUUAACUAAGAAGGUCAUCAUUAGCCGUGAUGUAGUGUUUGAUGAAGCAAGAACUUGGUCUUGGACAGAAAAAUCUGGGCAACAAAUUCUUGCAGAUUUCGAAAAUGGAGAAGAUCUGACUGUGCAGAACUCAGAAGGUCAAACUUCAGUAGAUCUCGAGGUUUCAAGACAGACAGCUGAAGAAAGUCUACCUACAAAAGUAGAGUUCAGUACUGGAGGAAGUCUGCCAACAACACCAGAACUGGAAUUUGGAACUAGUUCCAGACCUCAACGCAAAAAGAGAAGACCAGCAUGGUUGGAAGAUUAUGAGGUAACAGAUCUACCUCAAGAUGAUGUUCCAGUUAAUCAUUUUGCUUUAUUUGUAGAUUGUGAUCCAUUGACAUAUGAAGAAGCUGUUAAAGAAGAAAAGUGGCAAAAGGCCAUGGCAGAAGUAAUUGGUUCUAUUGAAAGGAACCAGACUUGGGAGUUGACAAAUCUUCCAAAAGGGCACAAAACAAUUGGUGUUAAGUGGAUCUACAAGACAAAGCUCAAAGAGAAUGGGGCGGUUGACAAAUUCAAAGCUCGCUUGGUGGCAAAAGGUUAUAAGCAAGAGUUUGGCAUUGAUUAUCAAGAAGUUUUUGCUCCAGUUGCAAGGAUGGAUACCAUCAAAUUGGUAUUUAUUGAUCAACCUCUUGGUUAUGUGAAAUCUGGUUCUGAGCAUAAGGAAGUUCUGGACAGAUUUCAAAUGAAAAACUGCAAUUUUGUCACUACACCAGUUGAUAAAGGUGUAAAGCUCGUGAAAGAUCCAAGAGGCAGAUCUGUGGACAACAAACUGUAUAAGCAGAUUGUUGGAAGUCUAAUGUAUCUGAUAGCAACAAGACCAGAUAUAAUGCAUGGUGUAAAUCUGAUUAGCAAAUAUAUGGAGCAUCCAAAGGAGUUACACUUGCAGACUACUAAAAGAAUUCUUAGGUAUUUAUGUGGAACUGCAGAUUUUGGACUAUUCUAUAAGAAGGGUGACCAGACAGAUCUCGUAGGCUUUACGGACAGUGAUUAUGCUGGAGAUUUGGAUGACAGAAAAAGCACUUCUAGGUUUGUUUUUAUGUUGGGAUCUGGUGCAAUUUCAUGGUCUUCAAAGAAGCAGCCCAUUGUGACUUUGUCCACAACAGAAGCGGAAUAUGUGGCAGCAACUUCUUGUGCUUGUCAAGCUAUUUGGUUGAGAAGAAUUAUGGAAGAACUUGAGCUGAAUCAACAUGAGGCCACUUCAAUUUAUUGUGAUAAUAGUUCAGCUAUCAAGCUUUCUAAAAAUCCAGUUUUGCAUGGGAGAAGCAAGCAUAUACAUGUGAGGUAUCAUUUCCUGCGCAACUUGGUAGAAGAUGGAACAAUUGAGUUGAUUUAUUGCAGAACAGAAGAUCAAGUGGCUGAUAUAUUCACAAAACCCCUCAAAGUAGCAACUUUUUCAAAACUGAGAGAGUUACUUGGUGUUUGCAGCAUGCAGAAUUCAGUUUGAGGGAGGGUCUACAUGUUCCAGAUUGCAGAUUUGCAGAUAUGGUGUUAUCUAGAUUUCUUUAAACUAAAGUCUGAAGACUUUCAGUUUAAGGGAGGGAUUGUUGGAAAUUAGAUCCUAUUAUUUAGCCAUUAUCUCUAUAUUUUAGGAAGUUUAAGUUAUUUAUUUGUUUUAGGUUGUUAUCAUUUAAAUUAGAUUAGAUAAGAUUGGUUAGUUAUCUUUU